UAUUAAUUUCACGGGUCACACAACGGCUACGCGGCCACGCCCGCCCAAUCAUAUUCUCUCUCUCUCACUAUUCUCAUAGUUGAACUGUUGAAGAGGUGAGGUGGUUGAUCUGAUGAACAAACCUUGCCUCAUCAGCAGCCCCUCCCUUUUGACUCACCCACACUUACUCUCACCCCAUGUUUCUAUCUCAACUACCGUUUCCGCUCUCCAUCAAAGAUUUCAACUUCCUCUUCGGCGUCUUCUUCAUGUCUGCUUCGGUGGAGUUCUUGGGUUCUUCUACAUCCCCUAGAGCUAGCUUUAUUCGCGUUUGACUCCAUUUGAGAGAUGAAGUGCUUUCAUUUCUCUAAUGGAGAGAAGAAAGAGGACGACGAUGGCGCCAUGUCCAGGGUUUCUAGAGUGUCUUGGGCCCGUUCCCUGAGCAUCGCUUCCAGCACUUUGGAUGUCAGGCGGUCCGAGGUUGGCUCAGAGUCGAGGGAUUUCUCUGACUCUUUGAGUUUUCACGACUUAUUCUCCCAGAGGAGACCUAAUGAUCUCAGAGUUUUUUCUUUCUCUGAGCUGAGAUCGGCUACCAGAGGAUUCAGUCGUGCCCUCAUGAUCGGCGAGGGAGGCUUUGGAUGUGUUUAUAGAGCAGUUGUUACGGUUUCUGAUGAUGAUCCUGAUGCCAAGAUGGAUGUUGCUAUCAAACAGUUGAAUCGAAGCGGUUUGCAGGGACAUAAGGAAUGGAUUACAGAAGUAAACUAUUUGGGUGUUGUGAAGCACCCAAAUCUUGUCAGAUUAGUAGGAUAUUGUGCUGAAGAUGAUGAGAGGGGAAUUCAACGGCUUUUGGUAUAUGAACUUAUGAGGAAUAAAAGCUUGGAGGACCAUAUUCUUGCUCGGAUGCCAUCUUCUCUUUCAUGGGAAAUGCGAUUAAAAAUUGCUCUAGAUGCUGCACGCGGUUUAGCAUACCUUCAUGAAGAAAUGGAUUUUCAGCUAAUAUUUCGGGAUUUUAAAUCUUCAAACAUUCUGUUAGAUGAGGACUUCAACGCAAAGCUCUCGGACUUUGGAUUGGCUAGACUGGGUCCAACUGAAGGAAUUGGUCAUGUUUCAACAACGGUUGUGGGAACAGUGGGCUAUGCUGCUCCAGAGUACAUUCAAACAGGGAGAUUGACUGCCAAGAGUGACGUUUGGAGCUUUGGGGUGGUCCUCUAUGAACUCAUAACUGGAAGACGGUCUGUGGACAGAAACCUACCUAGAAGUGAGCAGAAGCUUUUAGAAUGGGUGAAACCGUAUGUAUCAGACUCCAAGAAAUUCCACCUUAUACUAGACCCACGACUAGAAGAUGGUUCUUGCUUAAAAUCUGCUCAAAAACUUGCUUCCCUUGCUAACAAAUGUCUAAUGAAGCAACCCAAAUCUCGCCCCAAGAUGAGUGAAGUGGUUGAGAUGCUGGGGCAGAUCAUUGCUGAGGUAUCAUCAGCAUCAGAUGGUGUGGUCCCACAAUCCAUCAAAGAAACUGAACCUGUGAAGGAAGACAAUGUUGCAGAGAAUGAAUCAACAAAGCAAGGGGGCAGUUAUCUGAAGAGGGUAUUUGAUUUCAGGGAAAUUGUCAGCUUUAGAAAUAGAUCUGGUGGGAAGUUGGAUUGGAGAAAUUGGACACCAGGGUUGGUGAGGACCUGGUGAUGAGUCCGGGGAAGUAAUAGUGUGAAAAUGCAUCCCUGCUAAGAUCUAGCAAUUGGAAACUUAUAUGCCCGCCCCUCUUCCUAUUCCCGAAAAGUUAUUAAAGAAGAAUAUGUUGCCACAGCUUACAAGUUAAAAUAUCAAUCAUAAGUAUUUGCUUUCCAAUGAAAUUUUCAUCAUCUCAUGGUUCCUUGUAAAUGUAUAAAUAUGCUAGAAGACUCCAUUUUUUACGCAAGCAUAUGAUCUGCUUUUAGGUAUUCCUCUUUUACCUGUGUAUAUUAAUGGAGCCAGGGAGGAGGAAGCAAUGAAAAUUUGUCUUCACACCA